UUUGGACAUAUCAACAAGAAGCGACACCAGCGCAAAGCAUGAAGGCACAGCUAUAAGCUGUAUCAGCGCAUCAUCAGUAAACCAGUAGUUCUCAUACGUUUUUAUUAUCGUGUUUGGUCACGUCGUCCCUCUACUCGUUCACUUACCACAGAUACUUACUCGUUAAAAAGAGUACAUUUACAAUUAUUUGAAAGUUAUUAUGGCACAGAGCACAAGAUUAAUGUCAUUAUCGUCGUUACCCGGUGGAUUAUUGAGAAAUCGUACCAAUGGAGUUAUUUCAACUUCUUCUAGACUUGCCAGCUCGUGGUGGUCACAUGUGGAAAUGGGCCCGCCUGACGUAAUCCUGGGGGUAACCGAGGCCUUCAAGAGGGACACUCACCCGCAGAAAAUAAAUCUAGGUGUUGGAGCUUACAGAGAUGAUAAUGGAAAACCUUUUUUGCUGCCCAGUGUUUUAAAAGCGGAAGAAAGAAUUAGGGCGAAAAAAUUGGAUAAAGAAUACUUGCCUAUUUCUGGUGAACCUAAUUUCUGUACUAACAGCAUUACCUUGGCACUUGGAGAUGGUAAUGAUGUGGUAGCUAAUAAAUUGAACACAACUGUCCAAGGAAUCUCCGGUACAGGAUCAUUGUGUAUUGGUGCAUUUUAUUUAAGUAAAUUUUUUCCUGGUAACAAAGAAGUUUACAUGCCAACACCAACGUGGGGAAACCACAUUCCUCUAUUUAAACUAGCCGGAUUAACUCCAAAGUCUUAUCGUUAUUAUGACCCGAAGACUUGCGGAUUAGACUUCCAAGGAGCUCUAGAAGACAUUUCUAAAAUGCCAGAGAAGUCAAUAAUCCUUUUACAUGCCUGUGCCCACAAUCCUACGGGUGUUGAUCCCAAACCUGAGCAAUGGAAAGAAUUGUCAGCAUUGAUUAAGAAAAAAAAUCUAUUCCCAUUCUUUGAUAUGGCGUACCAAGGUUUUGCAUCAGGUGACUGUGCAAGAGACGCAAUGGCCGUAAGGAUGUUCGUCAAGGAAGGCCACCAGAUAGCUCUAGCUCAGUCGUAUGCUAAAAAUAUGGGACUCUACGGUGAACGUGUUGGAGCGUUUUCAUUGGUGACGUCAAGUGCUGAUGAAGCUGCACGCACGAUGUCUCAGAUAAAAAUACUAAUCCGGCCAAUGUUUUCUAACCCGCCUAUCAGCGGCGCUCGCAUUGUUAAUGAAAUUCUGAGCGACCCGGCGUUGAAACAAGAAUGGCUUGGAGAUGUUAAAUCUAUGGCUGAUCGUAUUAUUGGAGUGCGUAAUAAAUUGAAAGAAUACUUGAAGAAAAACGGCAGCUCUCGCGACUGGUCACAUAUCACCGAUCAAAUUGGAAUGUUCUGUUUCACUGGACUUAAACCCAAUGAGGUGGAAAAAUUAACUUCCGAGCAUCAUAUUUACUUGACUAAAGAUGGUAGAAUAUCGAUGGCUGGAGUCACCUCCAAAAAUGUUGAGUAUUUAGCUCACGCCAUGCACCAAGUUACUAAAUAGAUUUUAAUUACCAGAGACCAAUCACAUUAAAGUUCAAAAUAGAAUUAAGUAUGAAUUUUAGUCUCAGAUUCAAUGAUGCAGAUGCUAAGAUUUAUUUAAUAAUAUCAAACUUUUAAAUUAUUAAAUAGUAAACAAAUAACGGUGUUAUAUAAACUUA